AUGGAGAUGAUAUCUCCAGACAGCAAUGACCAUAUAGCCCCCUGCAUGUACUUCAACAACAAUCAUGGGCGGCGUCGAAACAACGACAACAUGGGGGCUGAGGGUUGUCCCAGUAACAUGGCAGCUGACAACGUGCACUUUCUUUCCAUGGACAACUCAGUCGGAUGCGAUACCAGUUACAGCCCUAAUAAUUUUCUAUAUCAGCAUCCUAUGUCGUAUCUAACAGCUUCUGAUCCUGGCUUUGGGGGUCAGCAAAACGUGCAGAAUUACAACAGCACUAUAGGGUUUGGUGGCAUCUACGCAUCUGGUAGCUACAGCGGGAGCGAAGCAGGGUCGAAUCCACACCAAAGGGAGAGCAAACAGGAAUCUCUGCCGAGUUGCGCAUACCAGAAACACGACAUCAGCCCACGACAACACAUUCAACUAGCGUCCGGAGUAAACACUGCAUGUUCACCUCUCGAAUCUUGUGCAGCCAGCAACUUUCAACCGUAUAAUCGAGGGCUAUCAUCACCUAUGACCUUUCUAUACAAUCCCGUAGCCCCGUUGCAAUCUCACUUUGCCCCAACAACCACGUGUUCAUCUGGCAUGUUAUCAAACGUUAAUUCAUGGCCAUUAACUACGUGUUCUUCCGGGAUGACUUCAGACAUAAAUCCAUGGACAACAACUACGUGUUCUUCCGGGAUGACAGACUUAAAUCCAUGGACAACAACUACAUGUUCCUCUGGAAUGGUAUCAAACGGCAGUCCUUGGCCGCAGCCAUCUCUAAGAUAUUCUACACACGGUUCAGCAGAUCUUCGACCAUCGACCCAGUCUCACAGAGGCAACAGUUUCCAUCCCUACAACAGAAGAGGAUCGACUUCCACAGCUCAUUCGCACAGAGUCCCAUUACGUAUGUUUCCGGUGCUUCAUUUCAAGAUAUCCGGCCUUGACCCAGAAAAGCAGUACCGUGUGUUUGUGGAUAUGGUCCUUGCCAACGACAACCACUGGAAGUUCCAGGGAGGCAAAUGGGUUCCUUGUGGCAAUGCAGACUCUCUUCUAGCUGGCGGGCAAACAUAUCAACACCCGGACUCGCCCAACACCGGAGCUUUCUGGUGCAAGCAAGAAAUCAGUUUUGGGAAACUCAAGCUGACCAACAACAAAGCCACCAAGCAGAAACAAGUGAUUUUGAACUCCAUGCACUGGUACCAGCCCAGGAUCCAUGUGGCCUGUUGCCAGGAUGAAGGGCGGCAGGAAGAGGAACUUGUCUGCCAUGCCUUUGAGGAUACACAGUUCAUUGCUGUCACGGCGUACCAGAAUACAGAUGUAAGUGUUCGCUGUUGGUCACUGCUGUCUGUUGUACCACUUUGGUUGGGGGGGGGGGGGGGGGCAGUGUAG